AAAUGUGUAACAAAAAUUUGUGUCAUUCCGCAUUACUUAAAAGACGCAGUGUGUCCCAAAUUUGAGAAAUGGCGCCCCACGAACUCCGCCGCCCGUUCAAACGCCCGGCUUUCUCCGACCAGCAUAAGCGUCGGGAGCUUUCACUUCUCCGGCAGGCGCAGAACCGCCGCGACGCCCAUCACCACGCUCGCUGCCUCGCGUCCUCGGUUCUCUCUCUCCAUGCCCACACCCCUGACCCCAUCGCCUCCGACCCACAAGCCCCGCCCGACAUCGAACUCGCCCCCGAGCCCGAACCUGAACCUGAACCUGAACCCGAACAAUGCUCCGGCGAAAUCGAUGUUCGUUGGGCGUCGAAGCUCAGAGGCCCCGAAGCUCGUCGAUGGUUCGCCAGACAACUCAUGCUUCCCGAGUGGAUGAUCGAUGUCCCAGAUGGAUUGAAUGACGACUGGAAUGUAUUUGCAAGGCCUGCUGGAAAACGAUGUUUUGUUGUUUCUUCUAAUGGAACAACAGUCAGUAGACUACGAAAUGGUUCUGUGUUGCAUCAUUUUCCAUCUGCUCUGCCCAAUGGGGCCAGGGCCAGAGACAACUCUGGUUCUGCACAGUCAUAUUGUAUACUGGAUUGCAUAUUUCAUGAGUUGGAUCAAACUUACUAUGUAAUUGACAUGGUUUGCUGGCGGGGAUACUCUCUAUAUGACUGCACUGCUGAAUUCAGAUUUUUCUGGUUGAACUCCAAGCUUGCAGAGACUGGGGCUUGCAACCCGCCAUCACAAUACCACAGGUACAGAUUCAGUCUGGUCCCCACAUACAACAGUGACCUGAGUGGUUUAUAUGCAGCGUAUACAGGCACAGUGCCUUACAUCAAGGAUGGGCUAUUAUUUUAUAACAAGACUUACACUAAGCAUGCACGGAAAGUGAACAAAUUUUGGUAAGAUCUAUGGAACUCAAAGAGUACGGGAAUCAAGAUGCAAGCGGCAAAGUUCAAGAAUAUUUUGGGAAAGGAAUUCCCUGUGGUCCAAAUUGCCUCGAUCCUGCAGACCAUUUCCCAUCACCAUCGAUGCUGUAGCUUGCAAGCCAUUUGGGUACUCCGGCAUGACUUCGAGAAGCCUGAAGUAUUGCUCUGGAAGUGGUUGGCCUCAAAAUCAUAAGUUUUGAUGGAAAUAUGAUGAUGAUGAUGAUGGUAAUUGAUGAAAAGAAAAUUGUUGGUUUGAAAAAAGGUUGGACUUGUCUUACCGACCUAGAAAACCAAAAUUUUAGAAAAAGGACUGGGCUUAUAUUACCAAUAUUUGAAAAGGAGUGAAUUUGAAAAUGAGGAAG